AUGAAGAAGUGCUCGUUUGGUUCUCCUCAGGUUCACUUUUUGGGCUAUAUUGUUUAUGCUACUAGUCUGGCCGUCGAUCCCGACAAAGUAUCUGCAAUAAAACCAUGGCUGCAACCUACAACAAUUUCUGAAGCACGAAGCUUUCACGGACUGGCAUCAUUCUAUCGACGUUUUGUGCCACACUUCAGCUCUAUUAUGGCUCUGUUGACCGAUUGCAUUCGGACUGGUACUUUCGUUUGGACCCCCGCAGCAACAAACGCUUUUAACAUCAUCAAAGAUAAGCUCACAUCUGCACCCAUUCUCGCUCUUCCCGACUUCACGUUGGUAUUUGAACUUCACUGCGAUGCUUCUAAAACCGGUGUUGGAGCAGUUCUUAGUCAACACAAUCGUCCUAUCACAUUCUUUAGCGAGAAAACAUCUGGCGCUCGUUUACGAUAA